UGUGCUGAGCAGCGGCGGAACCGGAGGGGCCCUCACGUUAACCGGUAACCGGUACCGGGACCUCGGGUGCGCUGCGGAGCGGCAGCCACCGGCGGCGGAACCGGAGGGGCGAGCGCCGGGGCCGCUCCCCCCCCCCCGGCGGGCGCCCGGUGGGGAUGUCCUACAAGCCCAUAGCCCCUGCCCCCGCCGCCCCCGGAGCCGCCAGCGCCAGCCCCGCCCCACCGGGGCCCGGGGCCCCCCCCGCCGCCACGAGUGUCCCUUCGCCCUCCGGUUCCGUCCCCGGUGCUGCCGCUCCCUUCCGGCCCCUCUUCAAUGACUUCGGGCCGCCGUCCAUGGGAUACGUGCAGGCCAUGAAGCCUCCCGGGGCUCAGGGCUCGCAGAGCACCUACACCGACCUGCUCUCGGUCAUCGAGGAGAUGGGCAAGGAGAUCCGGCCCACGUACGCCGGCAGCAAGAGCGCCAUGGAGCGGCUGAAACGCGGUAUCAUCCACGCACGGGCGCUGGUGCGGGAGUGCCUGGCAGAGACAGAGCGCAACGCCCGCACGUAACGGAUGCUGAGCCCCGGUUUACCGGUGUCCCGGAGCCCCGGUGUGCCGGUUUACCGGUUUACUGGUGUCCUGGAGACCUGGUUUACCGGUGUCCCGGUUUACCGGUGUCCUGGAGCCCCAGUUUACCGGUGUACCGGUGUCCUGGAGCCCCAGUUUACC